GAAAUCCGUGACGUUCAUUGCACGAGCUAGGACUUUGCAUAGAGCGGAGCUGGAAUGGGAAAUCACAGCAAUAAUCAAACCUGCGUGACGGAUGAUUCCUUCAAGUACAACCUCUAUGGAGCCGUCUACAGUGUGGUGUUCAUCCUGGGUUUGAUUACCAACUGUGCCUCUUUGUUCAUGUUCUGCUUUCGCAUCAAAAUGCGGAACGAGACGACCAUUUUCAUGACCAACCUGGCAUUCUCGGAUUUGCUCUUUGUCUUCACUCUCCCGUUCAAAAUCUUCUACAACUUUAACAGGCACUGGCCGUUUGGGGACACUUUGUGCAAGAUUUCAGGGACUGCUUUCCUGACCAACAUCUACGGGAGCAUGCUGUUCCUCACCUGCAUCAGCGUCGACCGCUUCCUCGCUAUUGUCUACCCGUUCCGGUCUCGUACCAUUCGGACGCGAAAGAAUUCCGCCAUUGUGUGUGCGGGUGUCUGGAUUCUGGUCCUCAGUGGCGGAAUCUCAGCAUCUUUGUUUUCUACCACAAACACCUACAACACAAGCACAACAUGUUUCGAAGGCUUUUCCAAGCGCAUCUGGAAGACCUACCUGUCCAAGAUUACAAUAUUUAUUGAAGUGGUUGGCUUCAUUAUUCCCUUGAUGCUCAACCUCACCUGUGCGUCGCUGGUGCUGAGGACUCUACGGAAACCCGACACCCUCUCCCAGAUUGGCACAAACAAAGACAAAGUCCUCCGAAUGAUUGUGGUGCAUGUGGCUAUCUUCAUUGUCUGUUUCGUACCCUACAAUUCCAUCCUUUUCUUGUAUGCUCUUGUACGUUCCCAAGCCAUCGCUAACUGCUCCUUGGAGAGAUUUGCGAGGACACUGUACCCGAUCACGUUGUGUGUUGCCACCCUGAAUUGUUGUUUUGACCCUUUCAUCUACUACUUCACUUCAGAAUCUUUUCAGAAGUCUUUCUAUAUCACCUCGGACAUCAAAAACGACUCCCUUUGCAAGACCGAAACCCCUCUAACAACCCAUACCAUCAUGCCAGUGAUACAGGAGGAGGCAAGGGUCCAGGCCAUUAGAAAUGGGAGAGAUCGGAUGUCUGAAUCACACUUUUGAGGCUGGGGCUUUCCACAUCAGC